AUGCCCCUACACAGCCCCCUUCGACCACCCACAUCCAGAUCUCGGCCGAUUUUCUACGUAAUACCCGUAAUCCUCUUUAUUGCCGUAUUACUCUUUCAGGAUGUCAUCUACCAGACAUGGGCGCUCAUAUCGCUGAACAUGCACUGGCGCGCCAACGCGGCCGACUUUAUUCUUUCCGCCGAGCGCGACCACUUUGACGUUACUUUUGCCAAUUACACACGCAACCAACGUACCGCGGGCGAGCCGUACCAGGAUGUCGUGCCCCCCGUGCUGCACCAUAUCGCCCUGGGCACCAGGAGGGAGGACUGGCGACCUCAGUGGGAAGAGGCGCUGCAGAGCUGUGUCGAUUUACACCCCGACUGGGAGACGCGACUGUGGACAGAUGACGACGCCGUCGCCUUCAUUGAGCAGAAGUUCCCAGAGUUGAAGGACAUGUGGGACAGCUACCCGUACGCGAUUGAGCGGAUUGACGCCCUGCGAUACAUGAUUCUGUACGAAAUCGGCGGCGCCAUUCUCGACCUGGACGUGCGAUGUAGACGCGCCCUCGGACCGCUCAGGCGCUUCGGCUUUGUCGCGCCAGAGGCGCACCCGACGGGCUUCUCAAUCAGUUUCCUCAUGGCGAGCAGGCAUAAUCCGUUUGUCGGCACCAUCCUCGACAACCUGCCGGCCUUUAACAGGCGGUGGUUCGGGCUGCCCUACGCCGCCGUCAUGUUCAGCACCGGCGGCCACUUCGCAUCUGUCCUGCACACGCUGCAGCCCAGCCGAAAGGACUACAAGAUCCUCCCCGGCCCUCUUCACAGCCUCAACGGCCGAGUCGUGACCCCCCUCUUCGAGCACCUGGGCAGCUCGUCGUGGCACUCGUACGAUGCGCAGCUCAUCACCAUGUUGGGCCACGCCCACCUGAUGCCCAUCUUCUUCGGGGUAGGCAUUGCGCUGGCGUUGUAUGUCAGGAGGCGGAUCAUUAUCCGGCGCUUACGCCUAUCUUGA